AUGGAGGGCGAGGAAGGACAGAACUUUUCCGUUGAUGAUUUAAACAAGCGUGCGAAUGCUUUUGCUGAGACGAACAAUACUGAGGGUGUUCCUCUGCCACCAUCUUAUCCAGCUUCUGAGGACACAGGCAGUGAAGGUACGAGAACGCCAUCAGAAUACACUCCAGCUAGUACAAGGCCAGCGUCACCUGUGCCAGGAUAUGCGACUCUGGAUGGAAACCAAGGUUGGGCGGAACCUGCACCUGCGGAUGAAGAUGAGGGAGACGACGGGGAUGUGGAAACUCUCGAAUCGGAAACGCCCUCAACAUCCCGCGAAUCCUCAGUUCCAACGACUUCUUCCAUGGAAGUCGACAGUCCCUUUUUGAGACAUGCCCAAUUAACGGCUGUUGAUCCGAUGACUACGGGAAGUACUCCGCGGGACUCCCCGCAGCCUGAACCCCAGCUCACGAGCCAACCCAUUCAACAAACGUUUACUUUUGGGGGCAGUUUUGGAGGUUUUGCGGCUAACACGAGCUCGUCACAGCCAUCGGUGCCCGUCGGAGGUAGCCAACCCAUGACCACGGACGGGGUGUCAACCAUGCAAACGGUACCUCCACCGGCAGCUGUGCCAUCUUUUGGGAGUUCGGGAGGUUUCUCAUGGGGUGGUCAACAAGCUGCGGUACCAACCACACUAGCCAAGCCACCCGCGCAAACUACGUCUUUCUUUGGUACGCCAGCUGUGAGUAAAUCUCCAAGCAAACCUGCAGAAACCGGGUCGUUUUUGGCCAAACCUGCAACUGAGGCCGAGACUCCAGCAUCUAAACCAACAUUUUCAUUCGGUGCUCCCCCGGAGUCUGCGGGUGCCAGCGUAAAUGAUAAACCUGCCUUCAAUUUUCCCACCUUUGGGACCCCCACGCCGUUUUCGGGAGCUCUUGGGACACGUCACCAGCAAAACCCACAUUUUCAUUUGGUGGAGCUGCUCCAUCUGCACUACCUGUGA